AUGAGCAGUUUUAAAGAGAUUUGUACAGUACCCACAAACUUUGGGGUUACUUUUACCAAACUUAAAAGUGAUAAAACCGGCUUGACAGUGGUUUUGGCAGAUGUCGAAGCACCUAUCGUUAAUGGCUACUUUGCUCUUGCAACUGAGGCCUUUGACGACUUUGGAUGUCCACAUACUUUGGAACACCUUAUAUUUUUAGGAAGCGAGCAAUAUCCUUAUAAGGGAGUGCUUGAUUCUCUUGCCAACCGAGCCUUUGCUCAAGGCACUAAUGCAUGGACGGAUGUUGAUCACACCUGCUACACAAUAUUAACAGCUGGUCCUAAAGGAUUCUUAAAUCUUUUACCCAUCUAUUUGGAUCACAUCUUGUAUCCCACCUUGACAGACUCGGGAUUUUAUACAGAAGUGCACCACAUUAACGGAAAAGGAGAAAAUGCUGGUGUUGUUUAUUCAGAAAUGCAAGGUUACCAAUGUACAGGAGAUGAAAGAAUUCACCAUCGUAUGCAACAACUAAUGUAUCCCGAGACGUGUGGAUAUAGAUCGGUAACAGGUGGAUUGAUGGAGCGAUUAAGGGAAAUAUCUGUAGAUCAAAUUCGUCAGUACCAUAAAUCCUAUUACAGACCUGAUAAUCUCUGCUUGAUUAUUACAGGCAAAGUUGAUAAAGAUGAGUUAUUGAAGGCUUUAGAGCCUGUAGAGGAGUCUAUCAUCAAGAAGGGUCCACUUCCAGAGAUGCAAAGACCAUGGGUAAGCACCGGUAAUUUUCCUAACCUAGAAAAGAAUAUCGAAGAUACAGUACUUUUUGCUGAUGAAGAUGAAUCCAUGGGUACAUUACUCAUUGCAUGGAACGGUCCUAUGUGUAAUGAUUUCCUUUCACAAAAAGAAUUGGAAGUAUUGAAUGUCUAUCUUACCGACUCCUCUGUAUCCGUACUGCAAAAGGAAUUUGUUGAAACAGAAGAUCCUCUCUGUACAGAUGUUGAUUUCUAUAUCUCGGAUCAUUUAAAGUCCACUUUAACCUUUACAGCAUCAAGCGUGCCAAUUGAGGAAAUGGAAAGAUUGCCCGUUGAGUUCUUCAAAACUUUGAAUCGUCUUGUUGAAGAAGAAGAUAUUGACAUGAAGAGAAUGGCAACCGUCAUUGAGAAAGAAAUACUUCAGCUUCUGAAAAGUGCUGAAACUGAUGCUCAUGAUACGGCGGCUGCAGUUGCCGUAUUUGAUUUCCUAUAUGGUUCUCCAGAUGGUGAUAGCUUAAAAGAAUCUGUUAAAGAUGUAGAAUAUUUGAACGCACUUGCAAAGUAUUCGACAAGGGACUGGCUAAACAUCCUUAAAAAAUGGUACAUUGAUGCGCCUCAUAUAAUUUUAUACGGAAAACCCUCUGCAGAGUUUGCAAAGCAGCAAAGCGAAGAAGAAAGCCAGCGUGUCGAAAAGCAACGUGCUGAUCUUGGUCCAGAAAAAUUAAAAGAACUUCAAAAAAGGUUGGAUGGGGCUACAGCAAAAAAUGAUGUAAAGAUCCCCAGAGAGCUAUUGGAAAGCUUCAAAAUUCCACCUACGUCAUCUAUUCGAUUUAUUGAUGUUGUCACAGCUAGAAACAAUGAGACUUCCAUAAACAAGGUGCAGGAUUAUAUAAAUCAAGAUAAUGAAGCUGAUGUGCCUUUAUUCAUCCAAUACGAUCAUGUGAAAUCACAAUUCGUUAGUCUUUCAGCUUAUAUUUGCGGGUCUUCUGUACCUGAUCAUUUACUCCCGUACACUCGACUCUUCCUUCAGGCCAUCUUUUCGCUUCCAAUUGAAAAAGAUGGAAAGCUUAUUUCAUACGAGGACGUCGUCAAGGGCUUGGAAGAGGACACAAUUCUCUAUAAGGCGGACCUUGGCACCAACUACUAUAGAUUUAAAGAAUUGGUCUCAAUUAAGCUCAAAGGAAAAAUAUCAAAGUUCGAGAACAUUGUUCAGUGGCUUAAGGACAUCUUAUGGAACACUCGAUUUACUGCUGAGAGAAUAAAGAUUGUGGCAACGCAGAUUCUAAGCGAUAUUCCUCAAGCUAAAAGAGAUGGCUACAGUAUGACUGAUAGUGCAAUGAAAGCACUCGAAUUGGAUCCUAAAAAGUCAUUAUAUGCAUCAUAUAAUAUUCUUUAUCAAUCUGAAUUUCUGCAGAAUGUGAUUGAUCGCUUAGAGAAAAACCCUGAAUCUGUUUUGGCUGAAUUGAACGAAUACCGCGCAGCCUUAUGCGCACCAGAAAAUAUAAGAAUACAUGUUAUUUCUGAUGUGCUCAAGCUUGAGAAUCCCAGGUCUGUGUUUAAGAAGCUGGCUCCCAAGAAGGUCAUUGGGCCACCAACACCAAUCACCCUCGCAAAGGAUGUUAUGUCUUUUGCAGGAAAGACACCCGGCAACCAAGGCUUACUUGUGAGUCUGCCUGCUAUUGAAAGCAGCUAUUCAUAUCACUCUACAAAGGGCCCUAGCAAAUUUGAUGACCCUGAUAUUGCACCUACACUUGUUUUGAUGGAGCUAUUGGAUUCAAUGGAAGGAAUUUUUUGGAAAUUCAUUCGAGGAAAGGGUUUAGCAUACUCUACCAAGGUCUAUAACAACAUAGAAUUAGGAUCAAUCUACUUUACAAUCUAUAACUCCCCUGACGCUUUCAAAGCAUUUGAACAAGCAAAACUAGUUAUUGAACAGUUAUGUGAUGGUCGAAUGGACAUUGACCCUUCUGCAGUAGAUGGAGCUAGGAGUGCAGUCAUUUAUAGUUUGGUUUAUGAAGAAGGGAUCAUGGAGCGUGCAGCUCGUUUGUCUUUUGAAUAUCAAGUCUUAAUGGGAAUGCCAGCUUCAUACAACCAUGAUAUGAUGGCUGCUGUUCAAAAUGUUACUAUGGAUGAUUUGCAAAGAGUAUUAAACAAGUACUUUAUGAACUUGUUUAAGCCAGAUGCAAGCAAUGUUGUCACUGUUAGUUCACCAUCCAAAGUAGCAGAUAUUCAGCAAGGAUUUCAAUCUUUGGGAUUCAAUAUGAAGACCAUUGGUUUAAAUGAUAUAAAGUUAAAUUUAUAG